AUGUCUACCAGUGUGGGCUAUAAAAACUUCCAUAAAGUAUUGGAAUUCCUGGAAGCUUUCCUGUUUCAUGACGACAUAGAUAGCGGUACAGUUAGGGUCGGUGUUGUGGGUUAUAGCAGUGACGCUAAUGUCGAGUUCUUCCUCAACCAAUACUCUACUACCGAUACACUGUAUAAGGCUAUCGACAAUAUACAGUACAUGCUAGGAAACACCAAUACAGCGGCCGGUCUACGUGUCACCAGAUCCGCCAUGUUUACCGUAGAUCACGGGGACAGACCGGACGCUGAAAACAUAGCUAUAAUCGUAACGGACGGUGUGUCUAAUGUUAACUCCCGUAACACAAUACCGGAAGCGGAAAUGAUGAGGAAUUCUGGAAUUAAAAUAUACGCAAUAGGCGUUGGGCUAGUAGAGACCCAGGAGUUAACGGAAAUCGCAUCAAAGCCAAUUGAAGAUCAUUUAUUUCUUGCUGAUGAUUUCUCUGGACUUAAUAAUCUCCAUGAUCAAGUUCUUGACUCUUUUUGUCUUGAACCUGUACCGACACUGAGACCAGAACCUGCACCUUCACCAGAACCUGAACCAACACUACCUGGACCAGAUCUGCCACCCGUCGGUAGUAUCUCACCACUGCACAAAUGCUAAGCCCAUACACUCUACUAAAGCGUCUAACGUUUUGCGCAUUUUUUUUUAAACUUUAUUUACAAUUAUUGCGAAUUUAGAAAAAAUGUAAUCUCCGGUUACAGGCCAUGCUUACUAAGAAAAGUGAAAAUAUAUGUGAAUAAACAUUUGGUUUACAUAUAUUUGCUCCAUAAUUGACGAUUGUAAGUGCUAGUUGUUUGUAUAGUUGUAUAGUUGAAAUAUGUUAACUAAUAUAUUAUUUCACCGCUGCUACAUUUUCUUUUUUCUACAGAAUAAUUUCCACCCCGUCUCUCAUUUGGUCCUUACGUCUUGAUCUUUAUCACUCUAUCACACGUGCAAUCAUUGAUGACUCUGAAUAAGGUGCUGUUUCAAUCUUGACCCAAGGGUUGCGGGUUCGAGUCACGUCACGGCACUGUGUUGUAUCUUAGAGC